AGUUUUCAGUACCAAACCGACCAGCUCGUCCAGCGAUUUGCUUAAGUUACAAAUUUUCAGAUACAUUUGUCGAUGUAGAUUUGGCUCGUGAAAUAAAACUUAAAUGUGAAACAAUCAUCCAUGAAGCAUUGCAAAAGCUUAAAACUCCAAGAAGGCGACCUCGUAUCACCACAAGAGAUGUCAGAGAAUUAAAUAUUAUAACAAAAAAUAAUAAUAAACGUUUGGAUAAAAAACCAAAAAUUACAUAUGGUAAUAAUAGCGCAGUUAACACAGUAAAAAAACCGAUACCUCAUAAACAAAUUGAGAACUUGUAG